UGCGACACGCCAGUGUUUCGUCAACAUUCGUCCCAAGCUGUACUACCGGAUAUGCGCGUGUGACAACCGGCGUGAGCAGGACACAUAGCAGGACAUGGUGUGACUCUGUCCAAAGCAUUCUCGCAUUCAUCGUGUAUUGUCUCAGUUGGUGUGUGCGAAGGUUGUGAAGGACGCAAAUGGGAGCUUACGGUGACCCCUAGCCUCGUCGUAGUGGUUCGUGAUCUGUUAUGUGAUAGAGGCUUGGGUUCAGUGUGUAGUUUUGAAGAAACAGAGAUGUCCUUGUGCCGUUUGAAUGAGUGCCUGUCGCGAGCCUGAACAGCAAAACAGGGACUGUUUAGUGGACAUCAUGCUCGACAACCAAGACAUGGGCUAGGACACUUCACUCAGACGGCUGAACCGGGCAUGACGUCGUCUGUAUACGGGCAAUACAGGUCAGUGACGUCCAUGUUCAACACAGCGGGAGGUCUGGGUAGUACGUUUCCUCGUCGUCUACGUCGACGCUUCUGACGUGGACAUGGACUCGUUAGGAGCACUUUGGGCAUGCGCAGGUCGACGUUAUGCAGAGGACUGGGCCAACAUGAGACUGAAGUUGAAUGUGACCGCCCCUGAAGAGAAAUGCCUAUUGCAAAGAUAUCCUGUGAGCCAGAGCUAUGAAGACCGGUUGAGAUCGUACCGUGGUCUCUCCACUCGGAAGACAACCCCCAAGAACCUGCUCUCUCCUUGGCAUCCAGAAGACGACUACAGUCCUCCACCCCUCUCAGCAGUAUGCGACGAGACAUGGACAACCGAUACAGCCGGCUUGCGGGCUAUGUCCUUGUCGUCACCUGAACCGGACCUGUCCGACUACGAAGACACCAGUCCGCUCUUGGCAACCAAACCUUUCAUCGGUGACGAGUCUUACGAUUCAUGUUCUGACAACUCUUCAGCAUCUGGUAACGGUGACUCCGAGGACGACUCGCUCUUCUCCGACUGUUCGUCGGAUAUGAGCCACGGAGAGGGUCUUCUAGGCAACGGUCGUCUCAGCGGUACACUCGACGCAGCCAACCUGGACAAUAACAACUUCCUCGAUCCCCUGGCGACGUCCCGUACCACGGACUACUCUCCGCACUCUUUCACGGAUACAUUCCACGGUGAAUUUGUUCAGAGUGCCCAGUGUGCUCUGACGCCGUCGCAGUUCGCGAACGUGUUGUCCCUUAAUGUCGGACCCUCCCCUACCGAUGCGAACGACUUGAGUCCGAUGAGUGACGGCAGUUCCAUGUCGUUGUCGCAAUGUGAAAUUCCGCCGACAGACAUCAUGAACGACUACUCGUUCCGGCGUUGCUUGCUCAGCGGGCUAGAUAAGAGCAGCAAGACCGAUGCUAACCUUAAGCAGAAGCAGGAAGAGAAGAUAUUAAAUACCAGCUCGGAAGGGAUUAGACCGAAGAACAUGGCGUUGGAGUGCUUCUUGCAGAAGAACAACCCCUUUCUCCAAGACGUCCUUGAGCAAUGCUCGCUGCCGGACCUUCUUCCUCCACUCAAGAUCAUGGAAGAUGGCGAGGAAAAGGACGCUAUCGAUGACGUCAUUAAUCGUGGAUCUAAAGAGGCGAUCGACUUGCAGAAUGUGUCCAAGAAAAUGAGCACGCUUCUGGAGUUGUCUCCCGCCAGGAAGCCUGCCGACUUCGCCACUGUCCCCGGGAAUGCUGACACUGCGAACCUUAACGAGAACGCUGUUCUAAGCCUGUUGAUGCCCCCCGCAAGUGACACUUCGGAACUGCCCGCUGAACCGAUGGCCGAUGAGACCUCUGCUGGUGACGUGACGCCGGAAGUGACGCCGGAGGAGCAGGACGAGGACCGUGUAGCCAGGAUCUUCGACAAGGCAGAACUCACUCGUGAAGCGACUGCGUCUGCAGCGUCGUUGCUGAACUUCACGCCGGAGAAAGUUCGUCGCAGUGGUGGUGGAUCGCGUCCUUUUCAAGCCAGGAGGUUCGCAUCUCCCGUGCGUUGUGGGGACUUCGAUGUGUACAGCAUCGAGUCCACCAUGCCUACCAUUGAUUGGGUCGCAAUGGAGAAGCACCUGUCGCGGGCGGCAAAGGAAGCAGAUUGGCUGGCAAGGCGUCGCAAUGACCGAGAAGAGAUUCGCCGCAAGCUCGCAAUGGACACUGAUGCGGAAGAAACAUACUGCGGGGACCGUGUGAAUCGCAAGCCGAGUUUGACGACACGGCUACAGGGUAGCAAGAACCUGCAGAUUUGCUUCAUGAAUGAGACAGCCAAAGAUCAAGAAGGUGAUAAUGGAAACACGGUGCCAGCAAAGGGACCCUCAGACGUCAGCAGUAAUCAGUGCGAGAUGCAGCAACCCGUGGGCCUCUUCAGGCCAGAAAACGACAGAGUGUCCGCUGAAAAGGCACCGGAUGUACCUCCAGAGCCAACCACGAAAGUCGGUGUGCCGCCUGCAGAAAACGCACCGGCGAAACGGCCUUCCUUUUUCUUCAACCGGCGGAAGAGCUGGAGGCAGCAUAAUGCGGACGCCCUGCACAAAGGGGCGCCUGACGGGCAGAAGGAAGACUUCGCUACGUGCCAAGCCAGGUUGCAGGCUGAAGCAAGGCUGGCCCUUGCACAGGCCAAGGAGAUGGCGAGGAUGCAAAUGGAAGUGGAACGCCAGCUGAAAAAGAAGUCACCCAUUGCAGACAUCGUGGGCAUUGCAUUUUCUGAUGGACGCCACAGAUUGACCAGGCAGGUUCUCACAGACAUGAACCUGGCUCAGCUACAGGUCAUUGUGAAUGACUUGCAUUCACAAAUUGAAAGUCAUAAUGAAGAUUUGGUCAAGUUUCUGAUGGAGCGGGAUGACCUUCAUAUGGAGCAAGACUCCAUGCUAGUUGAUAUCGAAGAUAUGACCAGGUACCUGGGUGCUAAAAGUGCCACACAAAGUGACUCCUCCAACCUGACCUUGCCAGUGAAGACAAGCAUCAAGUGAAAUUAACACUCAUUCCCUGUGGUGUGCUACUUCUUAGUGCGGGUGGAACCAAGCUUCCUCGUGACUCGUCAUUCCUUGUUACUCUAAAUAAUUUAUUGUGAGGUGCCCCAGCUUGAGCAGACUGACCUUGAUAGAGCCUAGAUAUCAGUGCUGCAUCAGCUAGACCACUUGAGCCCCCAUCUAGUCAGACAUUUGUGCAGUAGUGUGACCUUGUCCCCCUAUGUUGUGCAUUUUUUAAUUUCAAACUCAACUCAUUUGAUUUACAUCCACAUUAGUUGUUCAUGCGUUAUAGUGAUGAAUAAUUGAAAUAAUUAAAUGAGUGGGAUGCCUUGAGGCUUGCUGUUGCCUCCAGUUUCCACAAGGGGUAGUGCCAAUGCCACCAGUGUUGUUCUGUUUCUUGCGUCUUAGGUGUUCUUGAUUCAUUCGUCUGUGGGCUAUGUACAUACGAGAUGGCUUAACUUUGAUGUCAGUGUAAAUGUGUUACGUUUGCAUCCGUAAAAUUGAUGUGUGUGUUAGAUGUAGCGGAUGACACAUGCCUCUUGUAGCAAGAUCUGCACGCAUAAUACCCUGGCAAGGUGGUGAGCUGUGCGACGCCUUUACCAAGAAAUGGAUAUCUGUCACCAGUAUAUUUAUGUAAACAUUUGUGAGGAGGAUAAACCCAAACAGCAUCUGCAGACUCUCCAGAGCUGUGUUUACGCACUGAGACUUUGAAUGUGGACGCAUCCGUUAAGGGUGCAUUAAGUGGCGUUUGAAGGUGCAUAGUGUUAUCGUAUGCUUUGUCUCACUUUGGCCCUCCUUUGCAGGCGGCAUUCUCUGGAUGUAUCCCUGCCAUACCGGCACAAAACUGCAUCAAUACUCCAAUUGCAUAAUGCAAAUAUACUUGAACUACUUGAAUGGCAAAUAAUUACAGAACUAGUGUGCUGUUUGUACAUGGCUUAGUUGAGGCGUGGCAUACUUAACGGGCAUAAUUGGAGCACUUUGUGGGUUGAGGUUGACACUGCUAUACAUCUGGACAUCACAAUAAUGCUGGUGCACCACUGCUUUUCUGUGGCAUAGGUGAACGUGUGAUACAGAACAUAUGUACAUAGGUGUGCACUCUUCUCACGACAGCUUUGCAUUAUGACCGCAAGGGUCACAAAAUCUCUGCUGAUACAUGAGGGUGCUGCCAUUCGCACUGCAGUCAUUGGUCUGAGGUACAUGGUAAUUAAUACUAAUUGUAUGCUUCAUUUUCCAGCCUCAUUGUGUCUGUGGGACAUAAUUCUCUUUCGUGCCUCGAAAAAUGUUAGCCCUCAUCUUAUUGCUUUCUGAUUCGUAAUUACUUAUUACUUAUUAGUAACUAGCAGUAUUCUUCGUCUACAAGCUGACUUGUAUGAUUCACAACUGUUCAAGAUCGACAGCAGACAUUGCAGGCAUUUGACAUCAAUAUUGGGAUCCAGCCACUGUGUUUAAACGUAGCCACAGGAAUGCAAAAGUGUUUGGCCAUAAUGGAGGCAAAACCAGAGGCAGUUACUGGGGUUCGUUCGGCAGUGCGCCUACAACAUUUCAAAAGUGAUUUCUCCAGGGUGAAUGCUUCAAAUGCAACACAUUGAAAGUCACGUGUGUAAAAAUGUAUUUCUCGACAUCGUUAUGAUGUAGCUCAGCACUUUGUAGCUUGAAGGUGUUCAGAUAUGCACACCUGUUGCAACUUUAUCCAGGUUCUCGGCAAAGUCCUGAAAUAACACAUGUACACUGCUCGUAAUUUGCUGAUGAUAGCACCUAGAGGGUCAGAAAAGUGCAAAAAUUUCUCACCUUGGCACCAACACAAAAGGAACAGAACGUGGUUGUGUUAGUGAUUGGAAUGAGUUCCUGUCGUGCACCACUCUGCCCCUCCUCAAAAAGUGCGGCAAUACAUACAGGCCUUGCAAUCAUGGGAAUCACGAGGGAUGCAACCCAUGAAUCCCGUUCCUUUUGUGCUCUUAUCAAGAUAAUGACAUCUUGCAUUCCGCGAUGAGAAAUUUUUUCAUUUCAGUGCCCCCUUACCAAGUUCUCGCUUAACAUUAUUGACAAUUGCUACCACUGUAGCCACUAUCUGUAUGGUUGCAGAACUUGCAGGGAACAAGGUGUGUAUUGUGGAAAUGCCAUGCAGCGAAAGUCUUGCAUGCAUCCUCGUGUACAGCGAAUCAUAUGCAUAGCCUUCCCUGUUGAUACGUGUCUGCACAGGUGCACUCUGCAUAAGGUUUUAGAAAUGUUACAGAUAUAAAUAUAUAUAUAUAUAUUCACACAUAUGUAUCUAUGUGCAUCUGUCAGGCAGUAAUCAAAGAGCCACAGACCCCUAUGUACCAACUGGUUUCAUUGGCAUUGUAGGUUAGCCUACAUGAGAGAUAAUAAAGAUGAGACUGAUUUGAAAGUGC